CAAAUGCAGAGAAAUUAUGGAGCCAGCGGUCAUAUGCACUAUUCAAUUUCAGCUUUAGUGCAAUCACCUCAUUCACUUUGAUUUUCUCUCUUCACUUUCACAUAUUGCUCUAUUCCUGUACCGAAAGAUCUGCUUCAUAUUCACCGAUCUUCUACACCUGCUCUGCAAUAAAUUUUGUGGGACUCAGUGAGUGACAUAAAGCUGAGUUUUUGAAUUGGAAAACCCAUUGAGAUCUUCCAUCCAAACGACCCACCAAGCAGAGUUAUGGGUUUAUUUGAGUUAGAGUUAUAAGAAUUGAGUUAGGAGUUUGAGUGAGGGGUGGUGAGUGACCUCCAAACCAAACAGGGCCCUGGUUUCCUUUCCUUGUUUUCAUUUUCCUUUGAAUUAAUUUUCGUCGCAGUUUUCAUGCUGUCAUCCUCUCAGUUUGUUUCCACUUAACUCAAAAAAAAAAAAAAAAAAAAACACCUUGUCCCAACUUUCACAGUAAACAACGCGAUCUUCCAGAAAAAUAGCUGGCUACUAUUUUGCAAAGGAGAGAGUUGAUCAAUUUCUUUGCAGUUUGUGUGGAGGAAUGGAGAACAGCCUGCUUUUUUGCUCAAUUGUCAAUAUUUGGUAGCAUAGAGAAAGAUUCCAGCUGAAGCCUGAAGGAGAAUACGUUCUUUGGUUUCCUUUCCUUGUUUUCAUUUUCCUUUGAAUUAAUUUUCGUCGCAGUUUUCAUGCUGUCAUCCUCUCAGUUUGUUUCCACUUGACUCGAAAAAAAAAAAAACUAGUCCCAACUUUUACAUUUAUACACAUUCACAGUAAAAACAACGAGAUCUUCCAGAAAAAUAGCUUGCUACGUUUUUGCGAAGGAGAGAGUUUGUGUGGAGGAAUGGAAAACAGCCUGCUUUUUUGCUCAAUUGUCAAUAUUUGGUAGCAUAGAGAAGGGCACGACUGGAUGGAUGGUGAAGCAGUAAAUUGAGGUGUGAAAGUCAAGCUCUAAAUUGUGAUUGGUGUGGUCAAUCAGUUAUAUCUGUUCUAACUUCAUUUUUGCUUUGCCUAAGUAGGUUUGAUUUUCCAACUUCAUUCUAGCGGCCUCUUUACUCCGUCCAUCAGUAUCCUAAGGAGAGAGUACUUCCUUACUAAUUAAUUCCCAGUAAUUUCUGGUUUUCUUUUUCUUGGUUUUGAGUUUGUAGCUACCUUCCACACUCGCCACCCAAAAGAAUUAAACGAAGGAAAAAAAUAAAGCAAAAAAAAGGAAAAGGGAGAAAGAUAUUGAAACAGGAAUGGACACUCUUGAUGUGAUUGCUACUGUGAUUGUUGUCAUUGCUACUGCAGUGGCAACACAAAUUGGCGAGUCCAUUCAACAGUGGCUCAUCGAGAAAGUGGUUGAUCCAUUUGGUCAGUUUCUCAUUGAAAAACUACUUAAACCUGUUGGACAGUGGCUUACCAGUUACAUGGUUGAACCAAUUGGACAAUGGCUGGGUUAUUCGUUUCACUACAGCAGCAACAUUGAUAAUAUGAAGGAACAGGCAGAGAAGCUGCGGGAGGUUAGAGAAAGGGUGAAACAUUCAGUUGAUGCUGGUAUAGGAAACUGCGGUGAAAAUAAAGCUGAUGUUAACAGGUGGUUAGAAAAUGUGGAUGUGAUUAUGGGAAAGGUUAGGAAAGUUCUUGAAGAUGAAGCAAAAGCAAAGAUUAAGUGUUCCUAUGGGAUAUGCUUGAACUUGAAGCUACGACAUGAGCUAAGUAAGAAUGCGAAGAAGAUGGAGAAAGAUAUUGAUGAAGCCUUGAAAAAUGGUGAAUUUGAUAAGGUUUCCUAUACGGAUUACAUGAACUUCAACUCAAGAAUGUUAAUUCUGAAGGGACUUAUGGGGGCACUGAGAGAUGUUAAUAUCAACAUGAUUGGAGUGUGGGGGAUGCCCGGUGCCGGAAAGACUACACUUGUGAGAGAAGUUGUUUGGCAAGCCAAGGAAGAAAAGUUAUUUGACGAGGUCGCUAUGGCUGCUGUGAUGCAAAGCCCCGACUUGAGAAGAAUUCAAGGAGAAAUUGCGGACAUGCUAGAUCUGAAGUUUGAUGUGGAGACUGUACCUGGAAGAGCGAUUCGCGUACAAGAGAGGCUAAAAAGAAACAAGAAAGUACUUGUUAUCCUAGAUGAUAUAUGGAAUAAACUUGAUUUGGAGGCGAUAGGAAUUCCUUGUAAUGGAUGUAAAAUAUUAUUGACAUCCAGAGAUAGAGAUAUAUUAUCUUGUGAGAUGAACACACAAAAAAAUUUUGAGCUUGAUGUUUUAUCCCCUGCUGAAGCGUGGAGCUUAUUUGAGAAGAUGGCGGGUGAUUCUCUCAAAGAUCCUAAUUUGAGAUCUAUCGCAACGCAGGUGGCUGAAGUGUGUGCAGGUUUGCCUCUCGCAAUUGUAACAGUUGCAACGGCAUUAAAAAAUAAGAGUUUGUUUGAAUGGGAAGAUGCCUUACAGCAACUAAGGAGGCCCUCCCCUCUACACUUCACAGGAAUGCAGGCUGCUUUAUAUUCAAAAAUAGAGUUGAGUUACAAACAUCUUGGAAGUCCAGUGGUUAAGUCCUUCUUCUUGCUAUGUGGUCAAAUGAGUUCUACCAUUUACUACCAGUACUUGUUAAGAUACUGUUUCGGAUUGUGUUUGUUUCCUGGCAUCUGUACAUUGGAAGAAGCUAGAAAUAAAGUAUCUACUCUGGUUCGGAACCUCAAAGACUCUUGUUUGUUACUAGAAGACCCUCAUACGAGGGAGUAUGUCCGUAUGCAUGAUCUUGUUCGUGAUGUCGCCAUAGUAAUUGCCAAGGCUGAAAAUAUGUUCUCGGUGAGAAAUGAUGAUCCAGUAAAAUGGCCAGAUGAAGAUGCACUAAAAAUGUGCACAUCAAUCUCAGUUCGUGCUAAGGAUAUCCAUGAACUUCCUGACGGGUUGGUAUGUCCGAAGUUAAAAUUCUUGUAUGUGCAUGGCCAAGAUCAUUAUUUUAAAAUUCCAGACACUUUUUUUAAAGGAAUGAGGGGGCUCAAAGUUUUAGAUUUGACUAAAAUGAGACUUUCAUCACUUCCUUCAUCAAUUAAUCUCCUCACAAACUUACAAACAUUGUGUCUGGAUCAAUGUGAUCUGAAAGAUAUUGUUGUGAUUGGAGAGUUGAAAAAUCUAGAAAUUCUUAGCCUUCUUUCCUCCAAUUUUACACAGUUGCCACAAGAAAUAAGUCUCUUGACUCAUUUACGGUUGUUGGAUUUGAGCGAAUGUCCCAAACUUGAAGUGAUUCCACCCAACGUCCUAUCAAACUUGAAACAAUUAGAAGAGUUAUAUGUCUGUGAUAGCUUCACUCAAUGGGAGCUUGAAGGAGUGAAUAAUGAAAGAGCUAGUCUGGCAGAGUUAAAGCAUUUAUCGUUGUUGACCACUUUAGAAGUAAAUAUUCCAAAUGCCAACAUGUUGCCAAAAAAUUUGUUGUUUAAGAAGUUGAAAAGAUACCAAAUUUUUAUAGGAGAUGUGUGGGAUCAGUUUGGCAAAUCUGAAAGCUCAAGAGCACUAAAACUCAAGUUGAAUUCAAGCUUUGAAUUAGAGAGGGGGAUCAAGAUGUUGUUGAGUGGAAUAGAAGAUUUGUGUUUGGAUGAGUUAAAAGGUGUUAAGAGUAUCAUAUCUGAAUUAGAUAGCAAAGGCUUCCAACAACUGAAGCAUCUACAUGUCCAAAAUAAUUCUGAGAUGAAGUACAUCAUCCAUUCAAAGGGGUUGGUUAUUGCUGAUGUUGUCUUUCCUGUCUUGGAGAUAUUUUCUCUCAAAAACAUGAUCAACUUGGAAGAAAUAUGUCAUGGACAAAUUCCCUUGACAUCCUUUCGUAACUUAAGCAUUGUGAAAGUGGAACAUUGUGAGAAACUAAAGUUUAUUUUCUCAUCAUCCAUAGCUAAAAGCCUUUCACAACUUCAAACAUUAGAGAUAAGAGAAUGCAGCAUCAUGGGUGCAAUAGUCGAAAAAGAAGAGGGCAGAAUAGAAGACAGAGAUAUGAAGUUGUUCCCUCAAUUGCGUCACUUACUACUACAUUGUCUUCCAAAGCUCACGAGCUUCUUAAGUACACAAAAUUCAGACAUAAUUGAUGCUGGAGAAGUCUUUCCUCAAAGCGAACAGGUUGUGUUCCCCAACUUGGAAACGUUCGAACUGUCCUCUAUACACUCCGAAGAGAUACUACUUCACAACCAACAUCGGGCAACCUCCUCUUUCAAAUUAACAGACCCGAGAUUUCAAAAUUUGCGAAACUUGACCGUGAAAGGCUCUGGCAAUUUAAAAUACCUAUUGUCUUCUUCUACAGCGACAUUUAUGAUUCAGCUCAAAUAUCUUGUCAUUGAGGACUGUAAGGUAAUGGAAGAGGUACUACUCACAGAAGACUUAGGAGAAGAAGAAAUAAUUCCAAAGGUGUUGUUCCCUCGACUGGAAGUCCUGUUUCUAGAAGAUCUUCCAGUCCUCGAAAGAUUCUGCGUAGGAAGCAAUAUCAAAUUUCCAUCAUUGAAGGAUAUGGUGAUAGAAAAAUGCCCUAAAUUGGAGUCAUUCAUAUUCAAAACUGUUAGUUCAGGCAAAGAACUUAAGGAAGUGAAUUCAGAGGAGAUCUCUCAAAUUGCCAUGCAACCUCUCUUCAAUGAAAAGGUUGCAUUCCCUAAUUUGCAAACAUUGACAAUCAUGCACAUGGAGAACCUGAAAAUCAUAUGGCAUGAUCAAGUAGCUGAAGAUUCCUUUUUCAAGCUUCAAUCUCUAUCUGUUGAAUACUGUGAAAAUCUUGUGAACAUCUUUGAAUCUAAUAUGCUGACAAGAUUCCAAAGUCUGGAGACUUUACAAGUAUAUACUUGUGGUUCACUACAAGAAGUGUUUGAAAUUCAAGGGCACGAUUAUAGAGACACACAUGCCGUGACAGUCAUUCCUUUGAAAAAAUUGUAUUUGCGUCAUCUACCGAAGAUGAAGCAGAUAUGGAAUAAGGACCCUCAUGGAAUUUUUAACUUUCCAAAUCUACAAGAAGUAAGUGCUUGGGAAUGUGAGAGUUUGCAAAGUUUGUUCCCAGCAUCUGUGGCUAGAUUUCUCAUGCAAUUGGAGGAUCUUCGGAUGGUUGAUUGUGGAGUGGAGGAAAUUGUUUCACGGGAAGAAAUUACAGAAGCAGCAGCAAGAUUUGUUUUCCCUAAAGUAACUCUCCUAUUUCUUCGUAAUUUGCCAAAGCUCAAGUGGUUUUGCCGAGGGGUGCAUACUUCAGAAUGGCCAUUGCUAAAAGAAUUGGAGGUGUCUAAAUGUGAUCAAAUUGAGAUAUUUGCUUCAAAAAUUUUGAACUUUCAAGAAACAGUUGAACAGAGCCAACUAGAGACCUCCACUCAACAACCCCUUUUCUUGGUUGAAGAGGUUGCAUUCCCUAGUUUGGAAACAUUAUUUUUGGAUCAGUGUGUGUUGGAAGACAAAGCUAUGAUUGGAGAGCUGAGAAAUUUAAAAAUUCUUAGCCUUGUUCACCCCAAUGUUGAACAGUUGCCGAAAGAAACAGGGCUUUUGACUCGUUUACGGAUUUUAAAUUUAAACAAUUGUACCAAACUUAAAGUGAUUCCACCAAAUGUCCUAUCAUGUUUGAUACAAUUAGAAGAGCUACAUGUCGGCAAUAGCUUCACUCAGUGGGAGGUUGAAGGACUCAACAAUGAAAGAGCUAGCCUUGCAGAGCUAAAGCAUUUGUCACGAUUGACUACUUUAGAAGUGCACAUUCCAGAUUCCAACAUGUUGCCAAAAGAUCUGUUAUUCAAGAAGUUGCAAAGAUACAAAAUAUUCGUAGGAGAUGUGUGGGAUUGGUCUGAUAAACAUGAAAACUCAAGAGCACUAAAACUCAAGUUGAAUACAAGCUUUCAUUUGGAGAGGGGGAUUAAAAUGUUGUUGAAUGGUAUUGAAAAUCUGUGGUUGGAUGAGUUAAAGGGUGUUAAGAGCAUCAUCUAUGAAUUAGAUAUGACAGGCUUCCAACAACUGAAGCAUCUCCAUGUCCAAAACAAUGUCGAGAUCAAGUACAUCAUCAACUCAAGAGGGAUGGUUAUCUCUGAUGGUGUCUUUCCUGUCUUGGAGAUGCUUUCUCUCAAAAACAUGAUCAACUUGGAAGAAAUAUGUCAUGGCCAAAUUCCCUCGGCAUCCUUCCGAAACUUAAGCAUUAUGAAAGUGGAACAUUGUGAGAAACUAAAAUUUAUCUUCUCGUCAACCAUAGCCAAGGGCCUUCCACAACUUCAAGAAUUGGUGAUAAAAGAAUGCAGCAUAAUGGGUGCAAUAAUCAUAAAAGAGGGUGAAAUAGAAGACAGAGAUAUGAUCUUGUUCCCUCAAUUGCGUCUCUUAGAACUCCAUCAGCUUCCAAAGCUCGUGAGCCUUUUAAACACACAAAAGUCAGUCAUAAAUGAUGCUGGAGAAAUCAUUCUCGAUUGCGAGCUGGAUUUUCACAUGCCAAUCCUACAGGAACAGGUUGUGUUCCCCAACUUGGAAACGUUGGAACUGUCCUCUAUACACUCUGAAGAGAUACUACUUCACAACCAACAUCGGCCAAGCUCCUCUUUCAAAUUAACAGACCCGAGAUUUCAAAAUUUGCGAAACUUGAUCGUGAAAGGCUCUGGCAGUUUAAAAUAUCUACUGUCAUCCUCUACAGCGAGAUUUAUGAUGAAUGUCCAGCAUCUUCACAUAAUUGAAUGCAAGGUUAUGGAAGAGAUUCUACACAUAGAUGAAGAAGAAAUACUUUCAGAUGCGUUGUUUCCUCGACUAGAAUGCUUGGUCUUAGAAGAUCUUCCAAUUCUUAAAAGAUUCUGUAUUGACAGUAAUGUGGAAUUUCCAUUAUUGAAGAAUUUUAGAGCAAACAGUUGCCCUAAAUUGAAGACAUUUGCAUUCAGACAUGCCAGUUCAAACAUGGAGGUUCGUAAAGGACUCAUGGAAAUAAAUUCAGAGGACAAUCGUCAUACAACUUCGCAAUCACAAAUCAAUGAGAGCGCUGUGUUCGCCAACUUGGAAAGUUUGGAACAGUCCCUAAUAGACUUGGAAGAGAAACAGCAAAACCAACAUUGGGCAAGGUCCUUUUGCAAAAUAACAAUCAUGCAAACAUCCAUAACGUUUCAAAAUUUGUUGUCUUUGGGCGUGUGUGGCUCUGAUAGUUUCAAAUAUCUACUGUCAUCCUCCAUAGCAAGAUCUAUGGAGCUGAUCAAGUUUCUUCACAUAGUGAAUUGCAAGGCUAUGGAAGAGAUACUAUUCAUAGAAGAUUUAGGAGAUGAAGAAGAAGAAGAAGAUAUAAUUCCUAAGAUGUUGUUCCCUCGACUGGAAGUCCUGGAACUAAAUGGUCUACCAAUUCUGAAAAGAUUCUGCGUCGGAGGUAAUAUUGAAUUUAAAUCCAUGAGGUCACUGUGCAUAGAACGUUGCCCUAAAUUGAAGACAUUCAUAUCCAACCCUUCCAAUUCAGACACAGUGAUGACUGUCUGCAAAGAAAUCAAGGAAAUGAAUACAGAGGAAAUCCCUCGCACUGUUGCUAUAAAACCUCUCUUCAGUGAAGAGGUUGCAUUCCCUAAUUUGGAAGAUUUGGAAAUAUCCUACGUGGAUGACUUGAAAAUCAUAUGGGACAACCAAAUCCCCCCAUAUUCCUUUUGCAAGCUUCGGGCAAUGAAAGUUGAAUUCUGUGAAAAUCUUAUGAACAUCUUUCAAUCUGAUGUGCUGACAAGAUUUCGUUGCCUAGAGAAUCUCAUCAUAACUGAUUGUGGUUCACUACAAGAAGUAUUUCAACUGCGGGAGCAAGAUGCUAAAGAAACGCAUGAUGUAACUGUCAUUCCGUUGAAAGAAUUGCGUUUGGAUCGAGUACCCAAAUUGAAAUAUGUAUGGAAUAAGGACCCUCAAGGAAUUUUUAAUUUUCCAAAUCUCAACCUUGAUAGUACGGGUUUAAGAAGUUACUGGUCAGACUCAGUGCCUAGUGUCUAGAUGUCUCACGUAAUUGGAGAAUCUUCAGAUAGUUGUCUUAGGGGUGGAAUAAAUUUUUUCUUUGUUGUUGUACUCCUGCUCUAGUAUAUGUAGGUUAUAGUAGCUGCUGUAUUUCUGGUAGACUGGUAUUUGUUGCUGUUGGCUUGCCUUUUUAGGAGUCUUGUUUGUUU